UGAUGAUCAGUGUGGCCCCAGAAGUGCGACCUGUCAGUGUCCAUCAGUGCCAGCAAUCAGUGCUCAUCAGUGCCUCGUGCCAGUGCCCAUCAGUGCCUACCAGUGAACAUCAAUGCCACAUAUCAGUGCCCAUCUGAGCUGCCUUUCAGUGUCACCCAUCAGUGCCAGUCAGUGCCACCUAUCAAUGCCAAUCAGUGCCACCUAUCAGUGCUACCAAUCAGUGCCACCUAUCAGUGCCAGUCAGUGCCACCUAUCAGUGCCAGUCAGUGCUGCCUAUCAGUGCACAUCAGUGCCGCCUAUCAGUGCCAGUCAGUGCUGCCUAACAGUGCCAUCAGUGCCGCCUAUCAGUGCUGCCUAUCAGUGCCAUGUAUCAGUGCUGCCUUUCAGUGCCCAUCAGUGAUGCCUGUCAAUGCCUAUCAGUGCCUCCUCAUCAGUGCCCAUCUGUG